AUGGCGCGACGGUACGAGAUUGAUGAGCUGCUCUGGCUGCGCUCAUCGCCUCUCGUCGCAAAACCUCCUGGCCUACCCCCGAUUGAAGAAUGGAUGCCUCAACCUGACCCAACGACCCAAACUAAGCAACGACCCUCGCGUGAUCCUAAUAACCCAUCUGAGACGACUACCAACAGAAGACCCAGCUUCUUCGAAGCUCGUCAUAUCUCCCGUGGCUCCAAUUCAGAAGACAUCAUCCUUGGUCCGCCAAAAACUGCCUUUGCGUCAUCACGAAUUGGUGGGGUCGGUAAAGGGUCGUUCGAUCUGACGGACCGGUCCGUGCGACCAGGCGACUCGGAUGAGAAAAGUGAUCGCUUCAACUUCCGAGACAAAUUUUUCAAGGAUAAGGACGCCCCGGAGAGAGAAUUGGAACGUCGCGAUGGAAAGUCUGCUGGUCUGAACGGCCGGCGCGGGGAAAGGGAGGACUGGAAUGCAGGCCGUACUCCUCGUCGUGGACUUGGAGCAGAUGAGCAAGACCGCAAGCUGCGCCGCAACGGCGAAUUUGACCGAUGGGAGAACAGAGAAAAUGCCCGAGAUCCAAACAAUGAUCGAGCAAUUCGGGAUCGCGAUGGCCGCCCCACCCCGAAGAAGGACGCUCAGCCGGGACGAGCCAAGUUUGAAGGAAGCUGGUUCCGUGAUGAGAGCGCCCAGGAGGGUGCCGAUGCGGAUGAGGAUAAAUCACAGCUACGGAAUCGAGAAUGGCGCCGUGAUCGACAUGGCGCAGACCGCGACUGGACCCGCGGUGCGAAGCUCGAGCAAGAGCCCGAGUGGCUGGAUAGUAACGACCGAGAUGAGCCACGACGCGCGCAUACGCAAGAAGACUUCGAGCGCUGGAAGGAGAGAAUGAAGGCUGGAUCUGGUGCUGGUCAGCAGGCUCCAGCUCACGAAGAGAAGAGAGACUUACCCACAGAACACCACAUUGCUCCUCAGCAGUCAGAGUCUCACGCUACCGACGGGGAGAUUUUCAGCCACUCUGGUACUCAAUUCAUGCCGGAUGCCUCGAUGGAGCGAUUCUUUGGCAUGCUGGGAGACACGAAGCCUCACGUCCCCGAAGUCAGCCCUCCAAUUGCUGCUGAACAAACUCCCAAGAAAGACCCUCUCGGCGCUGGCAUGAGCGUCAAACCCGGAAAAUCAUCUCGGUUUGCUGGGCUGUUCAGUCCGCCGCCGCCCGAGAGCCCCGCAAAGGAACCAGAGCCUCAGGGACCCUCCAUGGCCAUGCUCUUUGGUGGGGGUAGCCCGGCCAAUCCCCAUGAUGCCGACCAGGAAGGUUUCCAGCGCAUUUUGAAGAUGCUGGGAGGUGGAGGCAACCGAUCCAACAAUGGUACCCCUCAACAAGGCGAACCGGUUCAGCAUGUGCGCCCACCCCCCAUGGUGCACCCAGAGCAGCAGCCACGUGCUGUUGCCAAUAUGUCAUCUCCGAGAGAUUCUCUCCCGCCCUCGGAGUAUAUGAGCCCUCUUGAGCAUCCCAUGGCCCAAGCAGCUGGCAAAGACCCGCAGUCUCGCGAAAGAGAGCAUCUGCUUCGAUUGAUGCAGCAGGUCCGUGUUGGACCUCCCUCGGGCCUUCCAUCUCAGCAGUCACCUCCGAAUGUAGGCGUGGCUCCUCCUCCUGGCCUGAUGCCAGAAAUGAUGCCUCGUCCUCCCCCUGGCCUGGGUGCUCAAAAGACACCAACCUUCCUUGAUGACCCAGCCAUCGCGAACAUGCAGCGACCAGACAGCGAGCAGCUCCGUCGGCGAGCUCCUAACGGACCUCCACCCAUGGGGUACUUCGAUGAGGUGCCAUUCCCCCCUCAGGGUGGCCAGGGGCCCAUGACUCCUGGUGGCUCGCGUCCUAUGCAGGGCCUCAACCAACCUCCCAUGCCGCUUCAGCGCCCCCCGGGACUGGACCACAUGCCCCCUCCUGGCUGGGCAGGUCAACAUCCUCCCCAAGGUAAUGGACCUAGCCCUAUGGGUCCUCCUCCUGGUAUCAUGCCGCCUAGCCGUGGCUUCCCGCCGGGUAUGAUGCCGAUGCCCCCUCGUGGUCCUCCACCAGGCAUGAUGCCACCACCCGGAUACAUGGGCGGCCCGCCGCCUCCCGGUUUCCCUCACAUGCCUCCUAACCCGGAGGCUAUGAUGGGAGUUGGCCCUGGUGGUCAAAGCCCCUUUGGUCCCGGUGGCCCCGGUCCCCAAGGCCCACCUCCUUCAUCUCGACACCUACUAGAGAUGUUCGGUCAGCCCAAUGGCGGCGACGGCCGUGGUGGUAUGAUCGGCCCUGGCCAAUUCAGGUAG